UUUCGCCCGAGUGGCAACGCCGUUUGGUUAAGCAUGCUUGUAUAGAAUCGAAGAAAAAGUAAAAACCAGCAACUAACUCCCGACUCCAAAGAAGACUAGCUAUUUUAAGGUCAUUGAAAUGGGAGUACCAGCAUUCUUUCGGUGGCUUAGCCGGAAGUAUCCGAGCGUGAUCAUCGAGUGCAAUGAGAACAAGCAGGUGGACCCUGACACCGGCCGGAAUAUUUACGAGGACGCCACCCUCCCGAAUCCCAAUGGGGUGGAGUUUGACAACCUCUACCUGGAUAUGAACGGUAUUAUACACCCGUGUACCCAUCCAGAGGACAAGCCGGCCCCCAAAAACGAGGACGAGAUGAUGGUAGCUAUCUUUGAUUGCAUCGACCGUCUCUUCGGCAUUGUCCGUCCCAGGAAGCUGCUCUACAUGGCCAUCGAUGGAGUGGCGCCUCGGGCCAAGAUGAACCAGCAGCGUUCGCGUCGAUUCCGAGCUGCCAAGGAGACCACUGAGAAGAGGUUGGAGAUUGCUCGAUUGCGGGAGGAGCUAAUGAGCCGCGGCUGCAAGUUGCCGCCCGAGAAGGAGAAGGGCGAGCACUUCGACUCCAACUGCAUCACGCCCGGCACUCCGUUCAUGGACCGGCUCAGCAAGUGCCUUCACUACUAUGUCCACGACCGGUUGAACAACAACCCGGCCUGGAAGGGUGUCAAGGUGAUACUUUCGGAUGCGAAUGUGCCCGGCGAGGGUGAGCACAAGAUCAUGGACUACAUAAGGAAGCAGCGGGCUCAGCCGGACCACGAUCCCAACACGCAACAUGUGCUGUGCGGCGCCGAUGCGGAUCUCAUCAUGUUGGGGCUUGCUACCCACGAGCCCAACUUCACCAUUAUCCGGGAGGAGUUCCUUCCGAACAAGCCCCGGCCCUGUGACAUCUGCAACCAGUUCGGGCACGAGAUGGAGAAGUGCAACGGACUGGGAGCCACGACAGGAGCCAACUUUAAACCGGAUGUCCCCAUUGGUGCCGAAGUGAAGUUCAUCUUUGUGCGACUGAGCGUACUGAGGGAGUACCUGAAGCAGACGCUGGUGAUGCCGAACCUGCCGUUCGAAUACAGCUUCGAGCGAGCUCUGGACGAUUGGGUAUUCAUGUGCUUCUUUGUGGGUAACGACUUUUUACCGCAUCUGCCCAGUCUGGAAAUCCGCGAGGGAGCUGUCGACCGCUUAGUGGAGCUAUACAAGAAGUGCGUCUACAAGACAAGGGGUUACCUUACCGACUCUGGCGACGUCAAUCUCGACCGGGUCCAGCUGAUAAUGACGGAUUUGGGCAACGCCGAAGACCAGAUUUUCAAGAACCGACAACGGCGCGAGCAGCAGUUCAAAGCCAGGGACAAGGCACGUCGUCGUCAGGAGAGGAACCAAGACCACCGGUCCUUGGAUCAAUCGGUUUUCGGAGCCAACGCCGUGGGAGCCGGAAACCAGCCAGGAAACAUUGGCAACUACAAAGAGGCAGCUGCUGCCCUUCGACUCGGAAAACGAUCGGGUGCCCAGGCGGGACUGGAGGACGACGAGGAGGAGGAGGAGGAAGACAACGAUGAGGUGCGGCUGUGGGAGGACGGAUUCAAGGAUCGCUACUAUGAGUCCAAGUUUGAUGUGGCACCCGGAAAUCUGCAGUUCCGCUACGCCGUAGCUCUGCAGUACGUCAGAGGACUGUGCUGGGUGCUGAAGUACUACUACCAGGGCUGCGCUUCCUGGAACUGGUACUUCCCAUACCACUAUGCUCCGUUUGCAUCUGAUUUCGUGAAUAUUCAGGGACUGUCCACAAUUUUCGAAAAAGGCACAAAGCCUUUCAAUCCGUUAGAGCAGCUCAUGGGCGUCUUUCCAGCUGCCAGUAGCUCCCAUGUACCCGAGCCGUGGGCAGAUCUCAUGUCCAACCCGGACUCCCCGAUUAUCGACUUUUAUCCGGAGGAUUUUAAGAUCGACUUGAACGGAAAGAAGUUCGCCUGGCAGGGAGUGGCCUUGCUGCCGUUUGUGGACGAGAAGCGGCUCUUCAAGGCCCUGGUUCCAUACUACGAUCAACUGACUAGCGAGGAGGUUAAACGCAACAAGCGGGGCGACAACUACUUGUACAUCACCAACUCGAGUCCGCACUUCAAGAAGGUGAAACGUAUAACCGAGAAAAGCGACGACGAUGAGUGCAAUGCCAUAUCCUUUAGCGGGAUGCGGGGAACACUGGCCAAAUCGGAGCUAAACACUGCCAUAAGUGGGUGCCUUAGGUCACCGAUUUCCGGUCUUCCGGACAUCACAGACAACCAAAUUAUAACCACACUUUUCAAGGAUCCAGAGUACGAUGAGGACUUCAUAUUUGAGGCGAAGAGACUGCCGGAAGCAGUGGAUCCACCAAAGGUACUGCCACCAGAUGAGGGCAAGAAGCAUGGCCCGGUUAUCGGUUUUAAUAGCCACCUGAUUAGGGCUUACAUUCCGGACAGUGGACACCGCAUGUUGAAUGCCGGAAUGCGCAAUCAAGGCGGCGGGGGAGGGUACGGCCACGGACAGGGAGGCGGCGGCGGCGGUGGCGGCUACGGACAGGGCGGUGGUGGUGGUGGAAACCAAGGACAAGGCUAUCAGAACAAUAGCCGCAACUAUAAUUACAAUUACAAUAAUAGUUACAACAACCAGCAAGGCGGGAGCCAACAGAACUAUCAGGGUAACUACCAAAAUCGCCAGCAAUACGGUCAGAACCAGAGAUACCAACAGGACAACAACCAGCACCAGCAGCGCAACUACAACAACUACAAUAAUGGCAGGACAAACAACUAUCAACAGCAACAGGGCGGCAAUCGACAACAAUACCAGAACUACAGAAGGUUUUAAGGACACUCAGAUACCAUUAAACACGUUGCAAUCUUACCCAACAAUGCACACAUAUACAAUAAUUUUAAUAAAAACGAGAAACUCUACUAAAGACUCUA